AUGGACGAGAACUCAGAGUGCCACGCUCGGCUCUCUUGGUUCUCAAGGUCCCCGGACGUUCGGCAACGAGUAUUUCAUCCAGGCUUGCGUCAUCCUUCGAGAUUGAAUACAAAACCCAAAGCUUGGAUUAGACCUCCUGACCAAAAUCCAGAUAUUCAAUUAAAACUAGCACACAACAGAUUUACAUCUCAUGCUCAAAUGCUCAUGCAAUUAUCAGACGCCAAAAAUAUAUUUUCACGACAACUUCCUAAUAUGGGCUCUGCAUACAUUGCCCGAUUAGUUUUUGAUGUCGAAGCCGAGACCGUAAUGGUUAUGCAUCGUGGCAGGGUCAUGGGCGGUAUAUGUUCUCGAUUAUUUAUGAAAGAAGAAUUUGUUGAAAUCGUUUUUUGUGCGGUCGAUUGCACACUUCAAUCACGUGGCUACGGUAGAAUUGCCAUGAAUUUCUUGAAAGAUGUUUUACAAACUCACGAACUCUACGAUAUUUUAACUUGUGCAGAUAACGAAGCUGUUACUUAUUUCAAGAAGCAAGGAUUCAACAGCAAAGAAAUUUUGAUAGAUCCUAAGCGCUGGGUUGGCUGCAUUAAAGACUACGAAGGCAUUACUCUUGUUCAUUGUCACAUAGCUCCAGAUAUCGACUAUUCUAAGAUGCCACAAGUCAUUGCCAAGCAGAUCAGUCUGUUGUCCAAGAAAACAGGCAUCAAAGUUAACCAAAUGCCGCGUGAAUUUGAUUUUACAUGGAAUGGUUAUCCACAACGACCAACAUUUAUUUCGAUUCCGAUACCGAAACUGCUCAAGAAUGCAAUAAACGCGAAGCCACCAGAAGAUUAUGAUAAAAAAAUGGAGACAUUCAGAGCAAAAUGCAUCAAAAUAUUACAAGAGCUUAAAGCGGACAAAAGGUUCGGUCUUACAUUCAUCAGACCAGUUACAGAAGAAAUUGCUCCAGGAUACUUCGCAAAAAUACCAAAACCAAUGGAUUUUCUUACAAUCGAGAAACGCUUAGCCAAAUUCCCAGAUUAUUAUAAAUCUCCUUAUCUACUAGCUAAAGAUAUCCAACUAAUGUGCAUAAACUGCCAGAGAUUCAACGCUCCAGAUACAAUUUUCUUCAAGCAGGCCAAUGAAGCCAUGUCUGCUUUCAUAGAGUUAUAUAAUCAGGAGUUCCCUGAUUAUCCACUUGACGCUGAGCUUAGUGUCCUCCCUCCGCCACCUCCGCCUCAGAAGUCAUCGAAAUAA